AUGCCUCCUGUGAAUCCCUUGGCUCCUGGCCUGGUAGGACCAGGAAUGGUGAUGGACAAGAAGAUGCGGAAGAAAAUGAAGAAAGCUCAUAAAAAGGCGCACAGACACCACAAUUGCUUAUUGACACUCUUGGACACUGUUCCUAGUUUCAAAGUCCUUGCUCUGUCUUUUCACCGGUACACUGGAGGGCAUUUUUCUCUGACGCGGAGAGAAGCAGCCAGAACAGAGACACUCGCUCUGCCCCUCUCCGGCCAGCCGCUCACCACCUGCCCUGGCCGCCAUGGAGCCGAGUCUCCCUUCUCUCCAGAGGGCAGCCUCUCAGAUUGGGGUGCAGGUGAGGGGUGCCUCUGCCCAUUUCGUAGGAGGGAUCACAGUAACCCUGAAGGCAAAACAGCUGGCAAAACUCCGGAGAAGAGAGUUCUGGAUCCAAGAAAAAGCACAACAAAUUACAAUGAUGGAGUAGCUUCAUUUGUAGUUAACAUUCCCUCUGACGUGACAGUGCUGGAGUUUCACGUCAAAACUGAUGACCCAGAAGAAUUCAGAAGAAUCCAGAAGAAUAUCAGGCCAGCAACGACUAUCAAGCAGUGGCCUACAAAAUCACGUAGCCAAAGUCUCCUUUCCCUUAGCUGGACAGACAGUUACAAGAGUUUGCUUAUGGGAGAACAUCUGAGCGUAACUGUUACCCUUAAAAGUCCAUAUGUUGACGAGAUUACACACUACAAUUACUUGGUACUUCGAUCUUUCGAUAAAAGUGACCAGGACUGUGGAACAGGUGGUGGCAGGAGUAGUGCUGAAGUGUUCUACUUAGCGGGACUCCCUGUCCUCACCAAUGCAAAUGCAGAUGACUCCCAGCAAGAUGCAGAUGGAUCAUUUAAGAAAAUUCUCAGGUCCAGAAGAGACUUGAAAGAGGAAAUAGAAAAUCCAGGUGCUCCAAUGUCUUCUGUUGUUUUCAGAAGUUAUGAUGGAAUCGCCCAGGGUCUGCUACAUUUUGUCAUUCUAGGUGGUUGAUGUAGAGCAGGUGAAAAAGAUCGGUGGGCACUUCCAGCUUCUAUUUUCCAUAGGGGGAAGGCAAACUGGGUAAAUUAACCUCCAUUUAUUUAUCACAGUCUUAACCUAAAGGAAACAGGUCACCAUCAUGUUCAUUCUCUGUAGUUAUAAUGGAGUCAGUUUUUAAUUGUCUCAGAUUUUACUCUCUGUCAGGGUAGCUGGUAUAGCAGUUAAAUGUAUGACUUCCAUUAAAUUCUCACAAAAGCUAGGUCUGAUGAACUUUAGGAUGAAAUAAUCAUAGCUAAGCCUAAUUAAGCACUUACUAUGUGCCAGGCAUUGUGGAAGCCUCAUAAUCAGAUUUUCUCAUUGAACGUUCAUGCCAAUCACAUGCGGUAGGUACUCUUAUUACCCCCAUUUUCCAGAUGAAGACAUCAAGACACAGAGAAAUUAAUCAUAAUUAACACGCCCAAUGUCAUGGAGCAGUGAAAGGCACAGGCAGAAUUCAAACCCAAGUCAGACUGAUAGCAGAGCCCACUGCACUGGUGACCACUAUGUUCUACUGAGCGCUACUCCUUUUCUUUGGUGCAUUGAUAUUUAGGACUUGUCCAGAUUAUUUGGAAGAUGGGUCUGAAAGAACCAGUUUUUAUAUACCACUUAGAUUUCAGGUACACUGUCAAUAACAUUAAUUACUGGAGGAGUUACAGAUACUAUGCUUUAAUGCUAAUGAUGAUGACAUCAAUAAAGUUUUCCCAUUACAGUAUGUACUUGUCAAAAUAGCAUCUUUAGAAGACAUCACAUAAAGAACAAUGUUUUUAGAAUCAGAGAGUGGGCUUGACUCUUGGCUUACUAUUUAUAGCUAUGUGACCUUAGCUAAGUUACUUAAUCUCCUGGAGCCUCAGUUUCUUCUUCUGCAAAAUGGAGACAAUUUCUGCCUUGCAGAGUUAGUAGAAUUAAAUGAGAGAAUGCAGGAAAAGCACUUAGCUCAGGAGGAACUCAAUAACAGUAACUCGCAAUGCUCUAUUCUUUUUAAAGCCCCCUUACCAAAGCCAUGUUCUGACCUAGGCUAGACAGAAAUUACAAUCAUUUAUUGAUGGCAAAGUGAGUUUCUGCAAGUCCAAAUGACUGGGUGAGAUGGGGCUGCCACAAGUGUCAGAGCUUCCAUUCUGUGGUCCAGAGGCCUUUCACCUGAUAAUACUGCCUCUUGGCUCCAGCCCUGGCUCUGCCCCUUAACAGCUGUGGCCACAUGGACAAGUCUCUUCCCCUCUUUGCAUCACCCUUUCCUCAUCUCUACGUGACAGAGAAGGACAUGAUCAAUUCUAAAGUCCCAUUCAGCGGUUUUUGAGAAAACAAGAGGACAACCUAAGUGAACACUCUUGAUCUUCUGUACACCCAUGCAGGCUUUAUACUGACUGCAGCCUGACUGUCUCAGCCAAGUGAGUGUCCAGUGGGGAGUGACUAUAUGAGGGUUUUGAAACCAAUCAUAUCCCAUGAACACAUGAUCUGAAUAAAAAAAUCCCAGGGAUGUUUACCAGAGAAAGGCUAAGACUUAGGCGGUCAUGAUGAUUAUCUUCAAAUAUUCAAGGAACUUGUGAUUACGUGAGUUUUUCUGCACAAGAGGAAUACCAACAAGGGGGCUGGUAAUAGGAGUUAGAUUUUGGUUUAGAAGAUGUCAGGAAGAAUUUUCCAGCGAUUAGAGCUCUCUGAAGUGGAACAGGCUGCCUAGGGAGGAAACAAUUUCCCAUUCUGGAGCUGUUGCAGCAGGGGCUGGUUGACCAAUGGUACGAGAUGGGGUGUGGGCAGGGGGCACCCGGGAAGAAGUUGGACCACGGCCUCUUAGUCCAGCCUCAAGAUGUGGAAUCUGUCCCUGGCUAAGAAGGUGGUAUCAUCAUCUCAGCCUCCAAUUUCAAACAUCCCCGGAUGUGGAAGUGCUGUUACUAUGGAGCCUAGCAAAAGGAGGAAAGAGCUGCACGGAUUACCAUUGGCCCGAUUUGUUCCACAGCUUUCUCUCAGUGUUGUAACCUGGCAAAUCACCUGUGGAAUGAGACUUUUCACAUCUCUGUAAUCGUGGGAAGGCAAGAGGUAUCAAAAGUGUACACAAUGAGCAGCAAUGUACGCAGCAUUUUUUUAGAAAACUGGUUGUGGAAAGUAUAUCAUGUUCCUGAAAGGCAUCAGCUGGAGUUGAUGCUACCUGAUUUUUUAACCACCUGGGAAAUUCAAGGUAUUGGCAUUUCAAGUAAAGCAAAGAAAAUACAAAAAGUUGAGAGAAGAUGAGAGCCCCCUGGGGGCCCCCAACCCACUUCUGGGCACUGCCACCUCUUGCAGUCCUCAACUCAGAAACAAUGGCUGAAGCUCCAGCAGCCAUCUUGCACUAUGAAGUAACACUGAAGAUAGAAGCUAGAUGCCAGCAUGGUGGAACAAAAAGAUAAUGGUCCCUGCCUCUGAUGACAUGUAGAGCUGACAUUCCAGCCUUGGA